AUGGCCUUCGACUUUCCUUCUCUAAUAAUACCCAUCUCCCUCCUCUUCCUAGCCCCCUUCUUCUCCCACUCGACAACCACAAAUCCAAAACUCGAGCAAGCUCACACCGCCUUACAAGCCUGGAAACAAGUCAUCUUCUCCGACCCCAAAAACCUCACUUCCAACUGGCACGGAUCAGACGUCUGCUCCUACACCGGAAUCUUCUGCGCCCCACACCCAAACGACACCUCGUCUCUCACCAUAGCCGGAAUCGACCUCAACCACGGUGACAUCGCGGGCCUUCUCCCACUCGAACUCGGCCUCUUAACCGACCUCUCCUUAAUCCACAUCAACACCAACCGCUUUUGCGGCAUUCUCCCCAAAACCUUCACAAACCUCACGCUUCUAUUCGAGCUCGACAUAAGCAAUAACCGCUUUGUGGGGCCCUUCCCAACUGUCGUCCUUUCCCUCCCUUCCCUCCGUUACGUCGACAUCCGAUUCAACGAGUUCGAGGGCCCACUGCCACCUCAGCUCUUCUCCCGCCAGCUGGACGCCAUUUUCGUCAACAACAACCGAUUCACCUCUGUUUCUCUGCCGCCGAAUCUCGGGUCGAAUAGUAAGGCCUCGGUUAUCGUGUUUGCUAAUAACCGUCUUAAUACAUGCUUUCCUCCGAGCAUAGCGAAACUUGCGGAUACGCUUGAAGAGCUGUUGUUGAUAAACACGAGCGUUAAAGGUUGCUUGCCGGAGGAAGUGGGCUUGCUGUAUAAGCUGAGAGUGUUGGAUUUGAGCAUUAAUGAGAUGGUUGGGCCUUUGCCGUACGGGCUUUCGGGCCUGUCGAGGUUGGAAGUGCUCAACGUGGGCCACAAUGGGUUCAGUGGGGUUGUGCCGGAAGGGGUGUGUGUGCUGCCGAGUUUGUCCAACUUUACGUUCUCGUAUAACUUUUUCUGCGAGGAGCAGGGGCAAUGUGGUAAUUUGAGCUCGAAGGGGGUGGUGUUUGAUGACAGGAGGAACUGUUUGGUGGGGAAGAAGAUGCAGAGGAGUAGGAAGGAGUGUGAGGAAGUGAAGCCUGUGGAUUGCUUUGAGAAUGAUAGCAUGAACCAUCUCUCAUGGACAAUACUUAUACUUUGUUUGUCAUUCUUCACAUUUGUCGUCGCAUCACCUUACGGGUCUCGACAAAGUAAUCACUAUCACGCGGGAUUCGUUUCGCCGGGCUCCAAAUGUGACGGGAUUACGGGUGAUUGUACACACGGCCAAGAAAACAUGAUGGAGUCGGAUAUAAGCCGGCGUAUGUUAGCUCAGUCGGGAUAUAUUAGCUACGGUGCACUGCAGAGGGACAAUGUCCCGUGCAGCGUGAGAGGAAAUUCGUACUAUAACUGCAAUUCGCACGAGCGGGCUAAUCCGUACGAUCGUGGUUGUACUCAGAUCACAUAUUGUGCUAGGAACAAUCACUAA